GUGCGAACUGUAAAAUCCUAAACCUUUCACCUUUUAAAUUCAUCGCAAAGAUGAGAAAAGUAUGGCGACCUAGAGGACUAAGCCGGCCAAGUGGCUUAAUAGACAGACGCCCAUAUCUCCCAUUAUCUUGUCUUCAUCAUCGAAAUACCUUUGCUACUGUCGCACAAGACACAAGUGGUAGAGCGUUCGAUGUUGUCGUCGUAGGUGGCGGCCAUGCUGGUACUGAAGCAUGCGCAGCCGCUGCGCGAUCCGGGGCGCGAACCGCCCUGGUCACCCCUAAGCUCGACAACCUUGGUGUUUGCUCAUGUAAUCCGAGUUUCGGCGGUAUCGGAAAGGGAACAAUCAUUCGUGAAAUUGAUGCGUUAGAUGGUGUCGCCGGUCGUAUCAUCGACAAGGCUGGUGUUCAAUUUAGGGUCCUGAAUCGCCGAAAGGGCCCUGCCGUCUGGGGACCCCGCGCCCAAAUCGAUCGCGCCUUAUAUAAAAAGCAUAUGCGCGAGGAGUUGGAGUCCUAUCCAAACCUUUCCAUUAUAACAGGUAGUGUGUCCGAUAUCGUUUUGGGCGAAACAGCCGAGUCAAAUAGUAGUGGUGGCUCUGCCAAGAGCAAGAUUACCGGCGUGCGCCUCGAGUCUGGAGAAGUAAUAUCUACUAGCGCUGUGAUCAUCACAACUGGCACAUUCCUUAGCGGUGAGAUACAUAUUGGGUUGGAUGUUUACCCAUCUGGGCGCAUAGGCGAGAAGGCCUCGUUCGGUCUAAGCAAGUCUUUAAAGGAUGCUGGGUUUAAACUUGGUAGGCUGAAAACCGGUACACCCCCACGGUUGCAUAAGAAUAGCAUCGAUUUCAAGGUACUCGACGAGCAGCAUGGCGAUGACCCCCCGGAGCCCUUCAGCUACCUUAACGACAAUGUUUCUGUCCAACAUCAGCUCUUGUGCUGGGCUACUUAUACCAACCACGAAUCCCACGAAAUCGUCCGCGACAAUCUCGACAAGACCGUUCACAUCCGCGAGACCGUCCAAGGCCCGCGCUAUUGCCCCUCUUUAGAAUCUAAAAUCAUCAAGUUUGGCCACAAGGAACGCCAUAUUAUCUGGCUUGAGCCCGAGGGCUUCGACAACGACACCAUCUAUCCUAAUGGCUUGUCCAUGACCAUCCCCGCUGAGGCUCAGGAACAAGUUCUUCGCACCAUCCGCGGCCUUGAGAAUGUCCAGAUGACCCAAGCCGGCUAUGGUGUUGAGUAUGACUAUGUAGAUCCACGUAGUCUGCGAUCUACCCUCGAAACCAAAGCCAUAAAGGGGCUCUUCCUCGCUGGCCAGAUCAAUGGCACUACGGGAUACGAAGAAGCAGCUGGCCAGGGUAUUAUUUCCGGCAUCAACGCGGGACGCACGGCCCAGGGCAAAGAGCCCGUAUCUAUUACACGCGCCGACGGGUAUAUCGGUAUCAUGAUCGAUGACCUCAUUACCAAAGGGGUUUCGGAGCCGUACCGCAUGUUCACAUCCCGCAGCGAGUACCGCAUGAGCACGCGUGCCGACAACGCAGACCACAGGCUCACAGCCCUCGGCCGAGAAUGGGGCGUCGUGACCGAUAGGCGAUGGUCAAAGUUCACAGACGAUAAUAUACAACUCAAGGACCUGAUGCGCUUUCUUUCCUCUUACACCCUUAGCGCGCCAUCCUGGAUCGCCGCUGGCUUCAGCAACCGCAACGACACCAAGUAUCGCAGUGGCUUCGACAUGCUCCGACUCCCCGGCAUCGAGAUCUCACACCUCGCCCCCCUCAUCCCCGAGGUCGACCAGUUCAGCGACCGCGUGCGCCACCGCGCCGUCAUCGAGGCCCGCUACGCCCCCUACGUCACCAUGCAGGAGAACGAGCGCGCCCUCUUCCUCCGCGACGAAGGCCUACGCUUACCCACCGACCUCGACUACGACACCGUGUUCGGUCUCAGCACCCACGAAAAAGUAGCUCUUAACAACGCGAAGCCCGAGAGCCUGGGCCAGGCGCGCCGCGUAGAGGGCGUGACGCCCGCGGGGUGUGUGCGGUUACUUGCGUUUGUGCAGCGGCAGAGCGGUGACCUCGACGUCUUCAAGGCGCUCGCCGGCGAUAACAGUGAGGCGAUGGCGGCCCUGGGCGAGGAUAUAGCGCCGCUGGGCAGCGAGGUGGAUGGCUUGGAUGCGGAGGCUAGGAGGAGGGAUUUAUGAGGUAGGUAGGUACUGUACCUACUGACCACCUACCUACCUAUCCAGUAUACUUACCUAGAACCAUCCCUGAGCAACUGAUAGUGGAAGGUGAGGGGGGAGGGAAAAAGGGGGCCAUUGUAUGUAUGCAACACGCAACACAAAACAUGUAUUUAUACCUGGGUUGGUAUGUACAUUUAAGGUAUGAACGAGGCAGACGAAUGCAUGGUGAUGGGGCGUUUAUGGGUUACUCAAAGUACCUAGGUACCUAGAUUCUGAUACUACAUAGCUGAAGGUAUUGGCAUUAUAUGAGAACUAAAGAACUAAAAAAGUCAAAAAUGAAAAGAAAAGAAAUUAUUUGAUAGGUACCUAUCCA